AUGGCAGAAGCAUCCACCAGGGACUCCGAGGACGAGGAGGAGAAAGAAGAACGGGUAGACUUGGUAACAGAGGAGGCUGCUCUCAUGAACAUCCGAGAGCAGCUCUAUGCCCGAGAAAAGGACGAGGCGCAGCAGCUCGUGUUCCUGCAGGCCAUCUACCCCGCGUGCCUCGCUGCCCAGCAGAGAGGGGACUACACAUUGGAGCCACACUGCUCGAAGGCGGCUGUGGCGGAGAGGAUUGUGGAGCUCAUUGAGGAGCUUCCUCCUAACUCUCCACCCGGCGCCGUCCUGGCCAACUCCCUCAUUGCUGUGGCCAACCUCAGCACCAUGACACCUGCCCUAGAGCCAGAGCUGGAGACCCACCUCCUCCAAGCCACCCUGCACGCAGUCUUCACCCUGGGCACGCAGACGGACACCAACCAAGUCCAGGAUCUGCAUAGGGUCAUACCAGACCUCCUGGAUGCCAUGCUGGGGAACCUGCUGGCAAAGACCCCAGACACGGACAAGCUCCACUACAUCUUGGAGCAGGAGGUCGUCACGGCCAACAUAAUGAACCAACUUCACAUCAUCCGGCACUUGCGCCAAGUGCCGGAGGCGCUGCAGGAAUUCUGCCUCCAAGGCCACCAGCAACUCCUGCUCCCUCCAAACGGGGAGUGUAGUGAGACUGAGUGGCCUCCCUCCGAGCAGGAGAGCGAGGGCCCCUCUACACGCCCCUUGGAGAGCAGAGCCUAUAUCGCCCCACCCCCCUUGCCUGUUGGCUGGCCACCGGGGCCUCUGGUAGACUCUGUUGCAACUGAGCGGCCUCCCUCCGAGCGGGAGAGGGAGGGCCCCCCUACACGCCCCUUGGAGGGCGGAGUCGAUAUCUCCCCGCCCCCCUCGCCAUAA